CUCUUCUUCUUCUGUGUUCUGUCCCAAACCUUUGGAGUCUGUUCUCGCUAGAACCUAACCUUAGAUUCGGCCAAUUACAUUACACACUGAGAGAGAUGCUGCGAGUGGCAGGGAGGAGGCUUUUCUCUGUCUCCCAGAGAUCAUCUACCAAUGCUACGACCUCCUUCGUCCUCUCCCGAGACCAUUCCCUCUCCCAUGGCCACGACUCCAGAUCUCUCCCCUCUUCUGAUCUCUCUCGUUUCGCUUCUUACCAUAGAAGCCUUCUAAGAGGUUUCUCAUCUCAAGUCCUUACGCAAGGUAAUGAGGUAGGUUUUGGUUCGGAACCAGCCACCGUCGAGGCUGUUAAGACACCUAACUCGAAGAUUGUUUAUGACGACCAUAACCAUGAGCGUUACCCGCCUGGUGACCCUAGCAAGCGUGCAUUCGCCUACUUCGUCCUCUCCGGUGGGAGGUUUGUAUACGCCUCUGUUCUCCGCCUUCUUGUUCUGAAGCUCAUUGUCAGCAUGUCAGCAAGUAAAGACGUCCUUGCCCUUGCUUCCCUCGAGGUUGACCUCGGAAGCAUCGAACCGGGAACUACUGUUACAGUGAAGUGGCGUGGAAAGCCUGUCUUCAUCAGGAGAAGAACAGAAGAUGACAUCAAACUGGCAAACAGUGUUGAUCUUGGAUCUCUGAGAGACCCUCAAGAAGACUCAGUCAGGGUCAAGAAUCCGGAAUGGUUAGUGGUUGUUGGAGUCUGCACUCAUUUGGGAUGCAUCCCUUUGCCGAAUGCUGGUGACUACGGAGGUUGGUUUUGCCCCUGUCACGGAUCACAUUACGACAUCUCUGGAAGGAUUAGGAAAGGUCCUGCACCAUACAAUCUGGAGGUACCAACCUACAGCUUUUUGGAAGAGAAUAAGUUACUCAUUGGUUAAUGACGAAUGUCUUGGUUUUUGCUGAAAAAUAAAAAACUUGUCACAUUUAUUGAACGUGUACUUGAGCUCUGUUUUUCCAUCCUUGGUGAAAGACUCUGUUCAUACUCUGUUUUUUUUUGUUGUAUACGAUUGGUAUCUCUUAAGUUUCUAGGCGUCAUCAUCACAAAUUUAAAGUUCUAAAUGUUUACAACAAGUAGUUCCG